AUGGCCACAUCGCGCCUCACCGGCGACGCCGUCAAGGCGAACACCGGCCAGUACGACUGCGCCGACGUGCACUCUCUCGCCAUGCCACGAGCCGGGCUCCGCGUGAUCGAGGCGCUGGCACCGUGCGUCAAUCUUCGGCAUCUUGACCUAUCACACAAUCGCAUUGGUCGAAUGGAGGGGCUGGAAGCCCUCGCGCAGCUACGGCGGCUCGCGCUGUCGGACAAUGAAAUCACAACCAUCCAAGGGGCGCUGCUGCUCGACGGCAACCGAAUCACCUCAUUGACAAUGCUUGAUGGCGAGAGCCUCGCUCUCGUCGACGCUGCUGGACUCGACGCAUCGCCGAGCAAAGAUGUGUAA